GUGAACCAGUGUUCGAUUGACGGAGCGUCACUUAGUGUCGUUUGUUCUGCUGUGAAAGCCACGUUGGAGAUGAAUCCGCAGUCUACUUCACACGGAGAAUCGGACGAGGAGUGCUCGAAGGAGAGUUCGUCGGCAGAAGGGCAGGCGGCACCUGCUCCGAGCUCAAACUACAUGGUUUUCGAAGUUAUGUGUGUGCUGUCGCUGACGAAAAUUCACGAGAAGACACCAUGCUGCAACCAGAAUCCACAGUGGGAGGAGCAUCCCGCGCGUGUGUGGCGCCCACGCCGGCGGCAGAGGCGGAGCUGGCAGGCCAGGCACAUGUCGAUGCUGAGGGCGGAGCUCCUCAAACACCCCAGGGUGGCGGAGGCGUGGAGGCGGCGGGCGGCGGCGGCAGGUGGGGGCGGCGGCAAGGCUUCCGGAAGGCACCCGCUGCUGGACGGUCUGCAGAGGAGGCCGUACCUGCCUACCCUGGUGGCACUCUUCAUUUUCCUGGUCAUCUACGUUCUGAGGAGGACUUGCGCCUCACUGGUGCGUCGGUCUUAGAGGAUUACUGAAGAUUGUAAUUCUGGUUACAGUCACCAUCGAUCUGAGUUCAGGUCGGCUCUGAGCUUGAGUAGCCUUUUCUCUGUAUACAGAGACAAGAGCUUCUGCAGUGACAACGAUCUCCUUCUUGGAGGGAAAUGGAAAGACUGUUGUUUAUUACGUAGGCGUCGAUGUGUGCCGAAGUGGGGAGGGGCAGUGCAGACGAUCAGUGGAUGUGUGCACAUGUGUGUGUGCGUGUUUCAAAAUAUUU